AUGGAGAGCAGGGGCGUCAGUGAGUUCAAGGGCUCAGAACUGCACCAAGCACGCGUACACAACCCCGGCACGCACUCGUACCUCGUCCGGGAUGCGGUAGCCUGUGCCUCAAAUCCUUGUUGCCGGCCCGGCACUGUGGUUCUCCUCGGGCUAUUCCUUGUCACUUACAUGUAUGCUUUCAAGUCGCCCGUCAAUAGCGACAACCACCAUCGUUCUCCAGUUCUCCAGCCUUCCGACCCGAGCUUUCAACUCCAGCUUCGCCCUUAUCGCCCUCGCCUCUGGUGGUACAUACACACCACCUGGCGGGCUCUAUCACUCCGCUCCGUUAUGUCGUCCGGUGCUGCCUCGACCGACACCAGCAGCAGUCGGGGCGCCUAUGUCCACAAAGCAAUCUGGGUGCUGGCAGCCUUGGCUACCACCUUCUUGGGCCUUCGCAUCUAUUGCAAGUUCCGCCGCCGACGAGGCUUGUGGUGGGACGACUAUUUCUUGCUUCUGUCGUGGAUACUGCUCCUGGUGGGUGCCAUAACCACUACCAUAGCGGCACACAACGGCUUCGGCCACCACCAUGAUACAAUCGGCUCGGAAACCUCCAAGCUGUUACGCAUCCUCGGCCUGGUCUCCGUCUUCUCUUCCUUCACCUCGGCCGUGGCAAGCAAGACCUCCUUCGCCGUCACCCUCAUCCGCCUCUCAGACGGGUGGCUUAGGCGUCUUGAGUGGGCCAUCGUCAUCUCGUUGAAUUUGCUUCUGCCACUCUGCGCCUAUUGCAUCUUCGGCUUCUGCACUCCGACUGCCAAAAUCUGGAAGCCAUACAUCGAAGGCAAAUGCAGGUCCAUGCAUGUGGCAGUCGUCAUCGGUAUCGUCUUUGGCUCGUACAUGGCCUUUUGCGAUAUUGUGCUCGCGCUGCUCCCGUGGGGAAUCUUGAUGCGCUUUCGGAUGUACCGCCGAGAGAAAAUCAGCAUUGCAAUAGCAAUGAGCAUGGGAGUCUUUGCCUGUGCCACUGCCGUCGUCAUGUGCACCAAAAUGCCUCUUUUGUUGAAGGUGUGCCCCUUGUCAUCUGGGGCUUCGCCGCGAGUGCCGUAUCCAUUAUGGCUGCCUCUGUACCUGCCAUAA